GAGUUAUAGCUUGUCCAUGCUCACCCAGAGAUGCUUUGCGCCGACUCCAUUGAUGUGUGCUUGUUGUGACUAAGAUGGCGGUGGCUGUGAGAUCUUUGCAAGAUCAGCUUGAGCAGGCUAAAGAAAGUUUGAAAAAUGUUGACGAAAAUAUCCGGAAAUUAACGGGCAGGGACCCAAAUGAGCUUAGACCUGGCCAAGCCAGACGGUUGACCAUCCCAGGCCCUGGUGGAGGUAGGGGGCGAGGAAUCAACUUGCUGAGGCGUGGAAUCUCUGACACUGGUGUAGGACCUCCAGCUAAACAAAGGGAUAUUGAAGGAGCACUUCUGCGACUGGCUGGAGAUCAGAGAGCGAUGCGAGAUUCACGCCAUGACAGCGACGCUGAGGAUGAUGACGAUGUCAAGAAACCGGCGUUGCAGUCAUCCGUUGUUGCUACCUCCAAGGAGCGUACGCGUCGAGAUCUUAUUCAGGAUCAGACAAUGGAUGAACGGGGAAAACAAAGAAAUCGACGCAUGUUUGGCCUGUUGAUGGGAACAUUACAGAAAUUUAAACAAGAAUCUACAGUGGCUAGUGACAGGCAAAAAAGACGCCUGGAGAUUGAGCAGAAAUUGGAAGUGCAAGCUGAGCAAGAGCGUAAGAAAGUGGAUGGUGAGAGAAGAGAGCUCUUUGAAGAGAGACGGGCAAAACAGACUGAGCUGAGGCUUCUGGAGCAGAAAGUGGAACUUGCCCAUUUGCAAGAGGAGUGGAAUGCACACAAUGCAAAAAUAGUCAAGUUUAUUCGCACAAAGACUAAGCCACCCAUCUUUUACUUGCCUGGCAAGAUGUGCUCAGCAACCCAGAAGCUGAUAGAUGAAUCUCAGAAAAAAAUGAAUGGCCUCUUUGAGGAGAGACGCAAGGCUUUUGCCGAGCAGCUCGACAAGAUGGAGGCUCGGCCUAGGCGCCAGCCCCAGAGGGCUGGUGACCGGGAGCAGGACGAGCGCACCCAUGAGGAAGGCGCGAAGAAAGAAGAACGAGAGGAGGGUAAGCCGGGUCAGGUAGUGAAGGUGACGGGUAACCGCCACGAUUUGGAGAUGGAGGAGGAUGAUGAGGAGGAGGAAGAUGAUGACAAGGAGGAAGAUGAGAUGGAGGAUGGGGAAGAGAAGGAGCCUAGGGGCAGGGCAGGGCGCAGGCAGGUUAGGGUGUCAGAUGAGAAGGGGCAGGGGGAAGGGAAGGGGAAAAGGGUGGAGGAUAAGGAGGAGGCGGCGGAUGAGUCUGAGGAAGAUGUAGGGGCCAGGGAAGCAGAGGAGCAGAUGGAGGUAGGUGAGGUAGAGGAGGAGAAGAAGGAGGAGGAGGAGGCCACAGGUAAGGGGGAUCAGACUAUGGUGGAGAGCCCAGAGGCUGAGGUGAUUGCUGAGGAGGUAGGUAGCCAGGGUAGGCAGGAAGAGGAGGAGAGGGAGGGUAAGGGCCCUCAGCAGGAGCCAACGACCGAGCCCCAAACCCCAGCAAACGGUACGGAAGGCCAGCCGGCUGAUGCCAAAGAGCCCAUCCCAGAACCAUCAAUCCCUGUAUUGGAAGCCACAGAUGGCACCUCAGCCCCAGUUCCCCAAACUGCAGCACUUGGUGGUACCAUUGCCGCUGCACCCCUCGACACCCUCUCCCAACCGUCUACCCAUGAGCAUUCCACUGCCCUCCCAUCUCCCGCUAAAGACGCCCCAAAAGAGGUCAGGUCAGAGGGUCAGCCGGAGACCGAUCGGGGCCGUGCCAAGGCCCGGGACAAGAAGAGCAAAAUCAGCAGCUCGUCAUCUUCGAGCGGCUCCAGCGGCUCCUCGUCCAGCGGGAGCAGCUCCUCGUCCAGCGGCUCCAGCUCCAGGAGUGGCUCAAGCGGCAGCUCCUCGAGCUCCUCCAGUUCCACCAGCAGGAGUCGCAGCCGGGCCAGGGACGGGCACAACCGGGACGGGCACAACCGGGACGGGCACAACCGUGACCGCAAGCGCCAGAGGAGGCCCUCUGACCGGGAGAGGAAGAAGGGAGGUGACCGGAGCCACAAGUCCUCCAAGAGUGGUGCCGGAAGCACCCGGGAUGGGAAAGGAUCCAAGGAUAAGUCGGACCGGAAACGGACAGGUUCGGAGGGAGACCGUUCGGGGAAGAGGCACUCGCGUAGCGAUCGUGACCACAAGUCCGACCGGAAGGAGAAAAGGCGCUGAAAAGGCGGGGUUUAAAAAAAAGGGGGGGGGGGUAUAAAAAUAUCUUUAAGUGUCAGAUGUCUUAUCUUGAGAAUACACCUAAGCUGUCAGUGAUUCAUAUGCUGGUUGUUGAGCUGCAGAGUUGAGGUGAGAUGCUGGGGGAGAGGAGGAUAGGACUGUUGAAUGAAGUCCCCACGUCUCAAAAUGUAAAAUCAAAUAUGGGCCUUUUUUUUAACCUUUAUCCACCUCCAGACUUCAGUCUAGCACCUAAUCAUUUUCCUUUUAGGAGUCGUGUGCUUUCAUCUGUAAUUUUAAAAAUUCUUUUUAAGUCUGCUUUGUGGCAGCACAUCAGUUCGACAGUUAUCUUUUUUCUUUUUUCCCUUCCUCUACCCAGUUCAUAUUGCUAAGGAACAGGCUGGGAAGUUUCUGUGCAUUUCCAACUGUGCUGCGCUACACAGGGGUACCUGUUUAUUUUUAGCGAUUUUAGGAAAUGUUGAUUCUUUACCAGAACAGGAGGGGUGAUCUUUUAUGAGGUUGGCCUCAUAAAAGGAUAGUUUUUCUUUUUGUACAAUUGACAGAAAACAAUAAAAGAGGUUAACCGAAA